GUUCAUCAUCCAAAACCAGAAAGAGAAGCCAAAUCGGUUCAACACAGAUCACAGAAACACACCACACUCUCUUCACUCUCCACUCUUGAGCUCAAAUUCAAACGCCGAAUAUAAUAUAAUAUGCUAUAAUAUAAUAUUAUUUAAUUAUUAUCACUAAUUCACAUUAAUAUUAAUUUAAUAUUAAUAUUCCCCCAAAAUCAUCAAAUAUGGGUUGAUGUUCGUUCAGGAUUUGUUCUUCUCAGGUUGAGCUUAAUUCGAAGCUACUACAGCUUCUACAAUCACACUAACUAACAUAUCAUUAGUAUAAUUAUUAUUAUUAUUAUUGUUGUUAUUAUGAUUAUGAUUAUGGGAAGCAGUAGCAGAAUUGGUUCAUCAUUUUCUUCUUGCUUAGUGGCUCCUCUUCCUUCCCCUUUUAACCGUACAACACUUUUCCAGUCAAGAUUAUCACAAGGGUUGUUUGUCAACAAACAAACUGCUGCCCAGCUGCAAAUAUAUGCUAAAGACAAGUCAUGCCAGUUCAAGUUUAUAUAUGGAAUUCCAAAGUUAAAGGGAAGGUUCCAGAAACAGCAUAAUGCUCUCUCUGUUGUCUCUGAGGAUCAACCACAAAGCACUGAGCUUGAUGAAGCUGCUUUAGUUCCAGAAAGCGAAGAUGCUAUUGCUGAAGACAUAUCUACCAUUGGCAACUCAUCUUAAUUAUUGGGAAGUGAUGGAAAACCAGGCUUUAUAUCAUUCUAUAACCGUCCAUAUGGAAAAGACAAGGAGACACUAUCGUCAAAAUCAGAAAAGAGUCAAAAUAGCAUCUUGUGGUUUGUGGGUCCUGCGGUCCUUGUUGCUUCUUUCAUUUUUCCUUCACUCUAUUUGCGCAAAGUGCUCUCCAUCAUUUUCGAAGACUCUUUGUUAACAGAUUUCCUCAUAUUAUUCUUCACAGAAGCAAUUUUCUAUUGUGGUGUUGCGGUAUAUCUUUAUCUACUAGACCGAUUAAGGAGACCCAUGCAACAAGAAACCGCUACAACCAGUCGAGAUACUCUGCCCUCUCAGUUGGGACAUCGCGUCUCUUCUGUUGCUACCCUGGUGCUUAGUCUCGUAAUUCCUAUGGUCACUAUGGGUUUGGUCUGGCCGUGGACUGGUCCUGCUGCAUCCGCAACUCUUGCUCCAUACCUGGUUGGUAUAGUUGUCCAAUUUGCAUUUGAACAGUAUGCAAGAUAUCGAAAAUCACCUGAGAUAAAUCUGGUGCAUCUGAUACUGAGAUAACUCAAUGAUACAGAUCUUAAUGCAAAUUUACAUCAACAACUUCUACUAAUAGAUUGUUAUUGACAGGUGUAUAGAUUGCACCAACUAAAUAGAGCAGCACAACUGGUGACUGCUUUAUCAUUUACAGUUAGAGGAGCUGAGAUGACCUCACACAACAUGGCUAUAAAUAACUCUCUGGGUACCCUUUUGAAUGUCCUACAAUUCCUUGGUGUGAUUUGCAUUUGGUCCCUGUCAAGCUUCCUCAUGAGAUUUAUACCUCCUGCUUCCACCGCGGCGCAGUAAAAGUAAACAAUUUCCUUGUAAAGUUUGUUUAGAACUUGGAAUUGAUCCUCUCAUGUUGAUUUUUCAUACGAACUUCCAUGUGUAAUCUCUCACCUUUCAUUCUGCUUGUCAAGUGUUUUGUAUUGAUUCCUUAUUUUAAAUGAAGGGUAAAAGAUCACACCUAACAAGGUUAUGUGAAAAAUCAACCUAAGAAGAUCCGUUUCCCAUGGAUCAAGGCACCUCUUACCUUCAACAAAAUGUUAAAAUCUAAUUGAACAUUUAUACACGAAUCCUCUUGACUCAUCCAGAAUAAAUUUGAGGUUGCAAGAUAUUGUAAAUGAGGGCUCACAAUAUAGAAGAAGCAAACAGGAGGAAGAAACAUUUGUAGAAUUGUAGUUAUACUUUUGCAUAUCAUGUUUUAUAUUAAGUACUAUGCCUUAGUAGAUAUUCAUUUUGGGAACGAGAUCACAAUGUAUUUUAAUUAGGGUACCUAU